CAUUCCUGUAUAGCAGGUCGGCUGUUCCCGGUUCCCUGUGUUAACGAGAGGCUGCGGCACAAAUCGCUGAUGAAACAUGGAAGCAGUCCGCAUCGGAGACCGGAUACAUGGUGUUUAUUCUGGACUCUGACUGGAUGAGUUGAUAGCUUUAAAGCACGCAGCCAUUUUCAGGUGAACCUGUGCUCUUCCAGCCAGCUGUAGCCUAUAUGUUGGGAAUGGAGAGGUCGCUUUUUCCUGUGCAGGCUGCUGCUGCUGGAAUAUAAAUGAUGAUGAUGAUGGCUGAUGGGUGCUGCAGGGGAACGGAAAGAAGCAGGGGUAAGAUCCCGUCCGAUUCUCUGUCCAGACACGCGUAUCCCCAGCAGUACAUCCAGGCUGGAGCAGCGCAGCAGGGAAGUGACAUUCAGGAACUGGCCUCAAAACGGGUUGACAUCCAGAAGAAACGCUUCUAUCUGGACGUGAAGCAGAGUGUGCGCGGUCGCUUUCUGAAGAUAGCCGAGGUGUGGAUCGGGAGAGGGCGUCAUGAUAACAUCAGGAAGAGCAAGCUGACCCUGUCCAUGUCAAUGGCUCCGGCUCUGCGAUACUGCCUGGGAGAUUUCAUCGAUUAUUACGCCCGAAUCGGACUGCGGGGGAGCCUGGCCCAGACUCCCCAGCUGGCAGAGGAACACGGCAGCAACGGGCAGGGCCGCGGACAUGAUGCUCGCAGAAAAGCGCGGGAGCAGCAUGCAUCUCCCACCGGCUCGGUAGGCUCCGAUGAUCAUGCCCACCGAGUUCUCAAGAGCGAGUUCAUUGAGAGAGACAACAGGAAGUACUUUCUGGACCUCAAGGAGAACCAGAGAGGUAGGUUCCUCCGCAUACGACAGACCGUCAGCAAAGGCCACGGCUCCAUGGGCUACUAUGGCCAGGGCAUCGAGCAGACCAUCGUUCUGCCCGCACAGGGGCUCAUCGAGUUCAGAGACGCCCUGUCCCAGCUCAUUGAGGACUAUGGAGAUGAAGAGGUGGACGAGCAUGGCCGACUGGGCUCCAGGACUCGCCUCGAUAACCCCGAGCUACCGGAGGCAGCGUCCUUCCGAGUGGACAACAAACGCUUUUACUUCGAUGUGGGCUCAAACCGCUACGGGGUUUUCUUAAAAAUAAGUGAAGUGCGCCAGCCAUACAGGAACACCAUCACGGUCCCGUUGAAAGCCUGGGCUCGGUUCGGAGAAAACUUCAUCAGGUAUGAGGAGGAAAUGCGGAGGAUCUUCUCAUGCCACAAGGAGAAGAGGACAGAAGAUCGACAGGACAGCAUAGAGCAGGAGGACUGACCUCUGCACCCUCCAGACACAUGGCCCAAACUUCCACAUGCCAUGUACUGUCUCCACAAGUAGGCUGAUUUACCAAGGGCUGGUAAACAUCUACCCUGCCAAGAAGUGAUCCAUUCAUAGCCUUAUAGCAACACCUGAUUCAUCUACUGCUGCUGAUGCACUUUAACCAGGAGCAGCCUGGGAAUGAUUUGGGGCUCUGUGGACUUUAACCCACAUUUGCCUUUUAAAUUUAACAAUGCACUGUACAGAUGGUUAUUAAUCAAAAAAAGUUACAGUGAUGUGGUAUUGCUGGUAAUAGAUGAGCUUUAGAGUUGACCAUUGUUAAUGUUGGCACCCUAAAUAUUACCUAAUAUUUUUGUGGCAAGCAGAAGUGCAGAGAAGUGCAAACUGCAACAAAUCAAAAGGGUCAUUAUAAACAUAGGAUGAAUAUCUAUAUUUGAGUCAGAUUAAAAGUUGAGGUGAGUUGCCUGAGAAAUUUGCUGGGUUGUUGGGAUAUCCUGAUGGUUGUGGCCGUAGGUAGUCCCAUAAGUGCAAUAAAUACCAGUCAAUGCUUACAGCCUCACUGACCUGGGGAAAAGUAUGUUGUAGUGAGCUGUAGGUGUUGAUCCAAUGGAAUAAUAUAUUUAUAACUGUCACAACAACUAGGCAAGAGAAACAUUGGUGUGCCGAUGCAUGCUGCCAGUGAAAUGGUUAUGCUGGUGUUGUGACUUGUUUUGUUUUCUGAUGUAGAGUUUAGUCCUUCAGUUUACUGUUCAAGUGUACAUGGACAACAGAAUCCUGGCUUUGACCUUGUGUUUCUCCUUAGAUCCAGCCUUGUGUUUCUCCUUAGAUCCAGUUAUGUUCCGGUAUUCUUACGUACUGUUAUCAGUGAAGACAUGAUCUGGUCUUUGUCUUCUCAUGUGCACUCGAGAAUUGCAGGGUGUGUUGUGUUCUCCAGAUUAUUAAAAGCAGAGUUCAACACCAGAACAGUUCCAACAUACAAGGAUUCAUGUGUGCAUGCAGACAUGCAGACAUAGCAGCAGUUCAUUGCUGCUAUGUGCACUGGCAGUUUAGGAUCCAUCAAAAGAUACCAAAACUGCACAGUAGAUGUUAAAUCUUCACAUUGGCAAGUUCUGGGUCAGUUUAGAGACAACUUUUGCAGUGAUGCAAACCUGCAAAGCAGUCUAUCGAGUGCAGAAUCACUGACCAGAUGUCAUACCCUGCUACACGUAAAAUCCAUUGGUGCUUAGAGUUGCACCACUAGUCAGUUUCAGAAAGAGAACUGAACUUGUGAGCGGUCCAGAGUGUGGUUUUUAAUGAGCCAAACUAUCAGUGCAGUUGUUGCUGAAAGAGCAAACAAGACUUAAAGGAGGCAAAACAAAUCUAUAACUGUGAGGCUUGAGUAGGUUUCUUGCAGUUAGUUUAUGGAACGUCUUUGGAUGAUGCUAGUCGGAUCCAACUUUGGGUGUCGUUGGGCAAGGCUAAAUCCAUGCAUAUUGAUAUUUGAGACAUUUUUUUGCCAUGAAGCAUAAAACUGUGAAAGAAGGAAUUACUUAGCUGAAUGUGGAUUCAAAAAACACAACUUUAAACUUAAAAAUGUCAUGAGAGAUGGCACAAAAAGACGUAGCCCAAGCAGCUACAUAUUGUCUGUUCAGAUGUGAAUUCUGCAGUUUUUCUACAUGUCUUCUGUUAGGCACACAAACAUGAUCAACUGGAAGCAAAUGUAAAAACAGCCCUGGAAAACAAAAGGGAAGCCACACGUUUCUGCUGAAGGCAUAUUUAGGCAUGGUUCAUUCAUUUAAAAGAUGAAAAUGAUGCAUGAUAGAGGAAGGAUUUUUUUUAGGUAAUCUGCUUCCACUUCUAAUGUCCAGACUGCAAAUAAUUAGUAUAAGAGACUCCAUGCCACCUGGUGCAGUGACACCUUUAAUUACAACUCUGUUUUAUUUUACCCUCAAAGCCUCUCCUUAUUGGAUUUUACAAGCAUUUUUAGGUCACAUCCCUGUGUGUGGCCAUUCAAUGUUCGACUGAUGCUUCACACACACAGGAAUGCUCAGACUGAAUAAGUUCUUCUUGUCAUGUGGAAGAUGUGUGUAGAGUGGCGAUGCAGACUGAUGGCUACUGCAUUGAACAGCCCACACACUGCGAACAAGAAGACAUGUUUUAUUUUGAUCUAAUUAUUCUGAUUCUGGUUUAAUCAAGGUGAAUUUACAUUAGUCAGUUUUUUUACACGAUAAUUGAAGUAGCAGUAGUGGAAAGGAGGCUAGCGCUGGAUUAGACAGAAAAAAAUAUUACUUUUUAUUUUCCAUCUACCUGAAUACAUUCAGUCUCUUGCAUCAUGAGGACACAAAUUUACAAAUUUGUUGUACCUCAAAAAACCCCUCAUCAGUCACAUUAUUAGAUAUAUCUUGCUAGUACUAGGAGUUCAUCUUGUAAUCUGUUUGUUGCCUGUUCGAAUCCCUGCUCCGUCUAUCUCAGUCGUUGUGUCCUUGGGGAAGAUGCCUCACCUACUGAGUGGGCAUUUGAACUUUUGUCGCUUGCUUAUCUUCCUUACCAGGAAGGUAUUUUCAUCCAUGCAAUUGCUGCUCACUGAAUAUUACUUUUUGUUCCCUGACAAUUUUUUGUAAACACAAGAGAUGGUGGGAAAAUCCCAGUAAACUGGUUGGUAAUACUCAGACCAGUCUGUCACCAACAGCAUGUCCCUCUCCUUUCUUCCCCAUCCUGGUGCCCUCUUUGAUCUUCAGCAAGUCAUUUUAAUAGCAUCUAAAAUUCAAUGAGUUACUGCCAUGUGACUGGCUCAUUCAUGACUUGUGUUUCAAGCAUUCAAACAGGUCUAUCUAAUAAUGUGGCUAAUGAGUUUAUGCUCUUCAUGCUGCAGUGGAUUAUGUAUUCUACUGUUCACAUUGUGUUUCCUGUGUAAAUGUAUUUGGUUGCUGGACAUUUUCAUGAUAUAGUAUAUAUAGUAUAUAUUUUCAUGAUAUAAUAUAUAUCAUGAAAAUAUACUAUAUCACUAUAGUGUAGAGUGAGUAAAUCUUUUCUUUACAUCUAAAGUAAAGGAAGAAUCUUUUUAGCUCUCUAAUUUUCCACAGUCCAGCAUCUUAUAAUUUAAACAAGGAAUCUAAAAAAAAACACUUAACUUUUAAAAUGAGGUGAAGGACGUUUGGCAGAAGGUAAAAAUGAAUGUGGUUUUGUCAUAACAUUAAGCUCUUUUUAAUUUAGUGCAUUAGAUCAACUUGUUCUGUGUGGUCUUACUCUGUGUUUUGUUAUUGAAACACUUCUAAGGUUUUUCACCACACACACUAACCCAGUGCUGGAGCUGGAGCUGGAGUCAAGUCUUACCAGCUUCUAUAAAAAAAACAUGGCAAAGAACCUACUUGAUAGCCAGAGACCUUCUUUAGAGCCACAUCAUUACAUCACUGAAAGCAACUCUUCCAGUAAAUUUUGGAUUGUGAAAUUCUUCAAAAACAUCAGCAUUCUGACUUUGGAGCUUUCCAGUAGAUUUUCUUUCCAAAUUGGAGCAUGUAAAUUGUAAAAGAUGUUGCACUUAAAGUCCAGACAGACAUUUCUGAAGGAAGCAGCAACGCAAAUAGAACUUAGGCAGGAUGUCUCAACCCCCUUUUUUAAAAUCAGUAUCAGCUGGGAAUAUUGAUACAACCCAACAAUUUUGAUUAAAUGGAGGGCCAACUGGUGUUAAAAACCUGGCUGACUGCUAAAGUAGCUCUAUGCAGUGCUAUGAUCUCAUUAUAUUACAUGUAGGAAGAGGUUAAACAGAGAGAGAAAAGAAACACUGAGCUUUGCUGUUAGAUGAACCAGAGUAAAUGCAGAAUUACCUCAGUGCUUUGGAACAUAAUUUUGUUUGCUUGUUGGUUUCCAUGAACCCACCUUGGCUGCUGAAAAACAUUCUCUUUUCCACUGGGCCCAGUAGUUGUUGGAGUCAGUGUCGGAGCUCUGAUGGAAACAAAAAGAACUGGUGGUAUGAAACCACUGUCAGUAAAUCUGCUCUGGAUCAAGUAUUGUGGAUGGAACAGAGCCAUGUUGAUGGUUAGGCUCACAUGUUCAGACCAAUCAAAAAUGUCUACUGUGCAAAAUAUCUUCUGAUGUAGUUCAUUCAGGUACAUAACAAACUAAUAGGCACUUUUCAUUUUAAAGAUUAAGUUAUUUUAUUGGGCUAGUUCCUGUUGACCCCUUUAGUCAAUAAAAACUGAGGAAUAUUUAAUGUUUGCUGCCCUUUUAGGAGGGUCUGGUGAAGACUGUCAACUUAUUUUCAGUAACUUGUUUUACUUUUUUACACAGAGACAUACGAGAUAUAUCAUACUUUGUAUAAAUCAAAGCACAAUCUAUUUUAGAAAUUAGAAAUGAAUUUUCCCCAAAAUAAUUCUUGUCUAAGCUAAAGUUUAAUAUAAGGGAUAUGAAGUGUACACUGUAAAAAAAUAAACGUCUCUAAUUUACGGUAAAAUACCGGCAGCUGUGGUUCACAGAAUUUUACCGUAUUUAUACAGUAAAAUCAAUUUAUCCUGUGAUUUCAUUUUCUCCGAAGUUGGAUCUGGAAAUGAAGGUUUGACAACUGUAAUCUAGCAACUUUCACUACAUUCUAUAUGAGUGUAGCCAUAGUAGAUAGUGAACGAUGGUUGCUCUGCAAAUGGUCCAGUCAGACUUUUGAAAAUCCGACUUCUGAGUAAUAGGGGAUCACAUCAGUAGUAAAGUCCUGUAAAGGCAGGACAGUCAUCAGUUUGGUAAAAUGAGUUCUAUAGAAAACACUUUAAAGAAAAUCUGUACUUUUGGUGAAAUUAUUUCUGGCAGAAUUCUAAUAUUGCUUGUCAUUCUAAUGCUUGUAAUUCUAAUAUUAGCCUAAAUUGACAAUCACUGAUCACAUCGACUGUAAGCUGCACCCCUCCCCCCAUGAUAUUCUGCUUCUUUAUUAAGGUUGUGCCUGAAAGUGUCAACCUGCAGAUAAAUUCAGCCCACACACAACCUGCGAAGUCUUAAAGAUUUCAAAGGACCAGUUGAACCAAUUAAGGGGGGCUAGUUAAACUAGCAGGCACAUCUAGAGCUGAUGUAAGCUUUCAGAAAUAAAGCCACCCUCAGAACCACAGGACUGAAGCAGAACUCUAUGGUCGACAUAGAGAACUCCAUCUGUUUCAGACAUCUCACAUACCAAAGGUUACAAUAAAUAAGAGGUAUACUGUGUUAUUUCUAACGCCUUAUUUCCAAUGAAGGGUAUGGCGCGGGUCGGUGGGGUUCAGUAUGCUAUUUUGUCUGUUUCCAUUGUAAAAGCGGCCCAUACAACCGACCCAUACAGCACUGUUCCUGGGCAGUCUUCAGUUGUAGGUCUAUAGGAAAAUGGUACAGUACAGAUAUGGUGUUACACUGCACAGUCCAUUGAUUGGGUGAGGGCACUGACCCUUCCAUCACAACUUGACCCUGUGAAGCUGGUUUAAACUUUUAUCACUAUAUCAUUUUGCAGCUCAUAAGCCAGCAGCCCUUCUUGCCUCCUUGGUCCUUUCAAAACUCAAACCAGAAAAUGCUCAGUCCUUGACUUCAAUUAUUUUGUAAAAGGGACUUUAGUUGUAGAUUGAGUACACUUUAAAAGAAGUGUUUCAUAAUGGGAGUGGUCUCUUUCAGCAGUAUAACAUCUCUAUGAAGAAAUGGAACAUGGUUGGUUUAAGGAAAACAAGUUUGAGGAGAUAAGCCUGAACACCCAUGACUUUUAGCUUCUACGACUUUAAAUAUUUACCACAGAUUCACUGAAGACAAGAGACUGAGACUGAGUCCAAAAAGAUCAGAUGCCUUUAGAUUGAAAAAAAAAACAACACCUCAAUGUUAGGCUAUUGGCCGUAAUGUUGUGGCUGAUUAGUUUAAAAUAAGGUAUUGUUUUCAGUUUUGAACAAUUUGUAGAUUGUUUGAUUAUAAACAAGAGAAUUGCACUUAAUCUGAAAUGUAUACAGCUAAUUAAGACAUAUGUUAGUCUGAGUUGAUGUAUCCUGUUCUACAGCAUAUACAGCACAAUCCUAGUUCAUGGAAUAAAAAGAAUGUGUUUGGAGUCAACUGAAAAUAUUGAAUUAAAUGACUGAAGAAGGGAAUGUGAAAAUAUGUUCCUGUAAAAUGUUUUUUUUUUUUUUUACAUCACUUAAAAGAGAGACCCAAAAAGUUAGAGACCUAACUUUUUAGAAAUAUUUGUUGCUCAAACAGAGCAGGUCUUGGUCAGCCUGUCUUUAGAUCUGUUGGUUUUUAACAAUGGGAAGAAUACGCAAAAACCUAGAUUCUAAAUUUGAAAGAAGUUUAUUAAACCAAACCGUGUGCAUGUCUAGGGCUAACACUGAUAUCACAGCUGAAGGUUCAACUCUGGCCAAAACUCCUAAGACUCAUGUAUGUGAUCCAUCCUACUUAUCAGUCUCUAAAUACAACAGACAAAAUUUUAUAUAUUUAUAAAGUCUUAUUAUUCACAUUUAUUAUUCAUAUUUUAAUCAAAGGCACUUCCCCUUAUAAGCUUUCUAAAUAAAUAACAACAGUGCAAGUACCAGAAGUCAAAUUCUGUAAUCUAUCUAAAGAUUAAAAAUGUCCCUGUAACCAUCUGGUUCUUGUUUUCAGUGAACAUGACAUGGAUGGCUACAGGAUUCUGAACCCUGAACUGCUGAUCUGAUAUUUUCUAGUUUUGUUGCCUUAAAGGUCCUUUUGAAUUCAUCUCUGCUCACUUUCAUUUUGUGCUUUUUAUUUUUAGCUGACUGAAACAAAUUUAAAAUAGCCAAAGGCAAAAUAAAAAAGGAGCUCUAAUCAAUAUAUGUGCCAUUUGUCACAUCUAGAAGGAAAAUGCAGAUUUAUUUAAAGGAAAACUUUAACCUGACGAAGUGUUUGUGUUCAUGUGCGGUUGUGCAGAGUGAUGUGAACAUAGGCGUACUGAAGAAGACAUUCUGCUUGUCCUGUUGUAUUAUGCAUCUGGUUGUAAACUGGAAAAUGUAGAGAUGUUGAUGUUUGGCCUUCUUUAAAAAAGCAACUAAGAAAAAUAAAGAAAAGAUGAAAAGGUAUACAUUUAGAUAAAUGUAAGACACUGGUGUGUUUUGUAGUUCUGUAAACUAAGACUUCUGAAACAAGGAAAUGUUGUACUCUAGCACUUUCUUUAAUGUGUACUGUAUUCAGUUCAAAUUUACAUGUAAAGUACUGUAUGAAUAGUCAUUACUUGCCUUGUGACAUUUUAAUCAAUGCUACAUUUAGAAAUGUUAUCUAAGAACAUGAUUUUAGAGUGUAUGCAUGCUAGUGGUUGGGUACCAGUGUAAAAGGAUAACUAUGAAAAAUGGUGCUAUGUAAUAAUGGUGCUUCUAUGGACCCCAGCCAAAUGCAUGCACAGAGGAUCUAUUAAAGGAUGGAAAAAAGAGAACAUGUCCUACUGCUGUCCUCAAGUAGUGCUGCUUCCCAAAGAUGUUCCAAGGAUUGGAAAAAUCCAACUGUCUCUUAAAGUGCAACAACCCUUCAACACUGGCUUACAGUCGGACUUCUGACAAUGUGUCAAAGUUCUCUGCAAACACCCAGUGUUUUCUCUGCUUCUUAUCCUUCCAACAUGUGUUCAUAGUCCUCUUACUCUGUAGGCAGGUAUUUUACCUAAGCAGAGAACGUUUGUGUUGUACAGAUUUUUGUUUAUCUGAGCCUCUUUACUGAAAGCCAUUGAAGGCAGGUAUUUCAAAUCUUAUUCAUAUGCAUAGUAUUUUUGAAACAUAUAGCAGUGGCAAUUCUAGGCUAAAUUAACCAGGGAAACUAUGGUGGGGCCAAAAAAUAAAUAAAUUAGGGCAGUAUUUAAUAGCACUUUUGGCUCUGGAGCUGUAGGUUGCAGACCCCUGAUAUGGCAUAUGAAAAGUUGGUCCAAGGAACCAAUACAUUCUGGUUACGGUAACACAUAUCAUAAGACAUUGAUCUAGUAUUGUAUCUCAGUACAGAGAUCAUUACAGGGGCCAGAACCAAUUCUCCAGGGUCACUGGCUCCCGUUGGCCUCUAACUAGAACCACCUAUAUCCAUAGUAAGGGGUAACUAACUUCUAGGAUUGCUUAAACAAGGUCUGCCUCUAACUGCCAUUCCAAACUUCCUCCCGUUCUUAGCAAAAUCAGAACCAGGAUUAGCUCGAUCAGUCUGAGUCACUGAACGUUAGUAAGUACUGUAAACCAAGAGGCCCUCAAACUGUUGGGCCACCCAGUUAUGAAGUGCCAAAAUCCAUCAGGUCUAAUUAUAGAUGAAUAAGAUCCAUAGACAAUCUGAUGACAUCAUUUUGUACUUUCCAUCCUUCAGGUCGUGUGAUCAAAACACAAUUUUUAUGUAGCACAGUUACUGAACUACAAACAUUGCAGUCUUUAAAAAGUAAAACAUGUUUGAGCUUGGAAACCUUUGUGUUGAUUAUUGAUGUAACUUGUUUGAAAGAAGAAAAUGUGUACAUUUGUUAGCUGUACUAAUCAGUGCUCCCUUUCUGUUUCUCAGUAAUUAAACGGUAUCCAGCAUUAUCGCUACUGGUGCCACACUAC